GGUGAACGGAGACGGCACUGCAAGCCAAGGCGGGCAAAAAGAUCCUUACGGAUUGUGCUAAUGCAAUAAGCUGAGCAAUGGUUGCAUCGCACGAAAGCGAGGGUAGCAUGGCGUCCGUCGCCCCUACUGCAAAGAUUGAUAAAGAUAUCAGUCGACCGGCUUCGCCCCGUGAUGUAGCUUGCAGCUCGAUGGAGAUGUUGGCGCGGUCCAUGGAGCCCUCAUCAAAAUCUUUCUUGCCAACCGCGAAACCGUUUUUUGUCAUGGAUUGGUUGGACCGAAUUGAUGAAAAGGACUUGGAAUUAGCGCGCCAGAUUAUAACGACUCCAGGUAGGGCUCUUUUGACCGAUUUCGGUAAGGAAACCAGCACGCGAACAGUGUCGCUGGCAGGAGCUUCUCGAAAAGAUUUUGCUGGUGAGCCUUCAAAACCUUCGGAGCAUCCUCCCAAACAGAAGUUUACGCCCCGAUCGCAUUUCCGCAAGCGAGGAAUCGCCGUUGGAAAUGGAUGGAACGCUAAAGGCUUGCAAAAGGCCAAGGAGGGGAACUGGGAAGAUGCGCUGUCAUGCUGGGAAAAUGCUCUCGAAAUUCGUUCGCAAGUUUGCCUGUCUCUGGUAGAUGUGGCCAAUACUUGCAAUAAUAUCGGCAUUGCCUUAGGAAAGCUGAACCGAUUUGAUACCGCAGUUGAACACUUGGAGCGUGCUCUCGAAGUGAGGGAAGCGCUUGCGGAAGGAGCAGAUAACCAGGCAGAAAUUGCCACAACGUUACACAACAUCGGAAAUGUGUACCAGCAGGCAGGCGAGUUUGGUAAAGCGGAAGAGUACUUUGUAGAAUCUAGGGACAUGCAAAUCAAAGUCCUUGGACGAGAUCAUAUACAUGUAGCCCGAACCUUGGCAGCAUUGGGCAAUGUUCGCUACCAGGCCAACCGAAUCCCGGAGGCUCGGAAAGCGUACUGGGAAGCCUUGACCAUCUUCCAACACGUUGGACUCCCUGAGGCUGAUAUUGAGGUGCAGUGUGUUUUAGGAAACGUGCAAGAGAUUGACAAAUCGAAAUAGAAUUCACACGCGGAAGAAUGAUUAUUGAGAGUUGAGUUUCCUAACUUUUACGUGAGGAAGAACAUCAAUGUGACAGGACGCUAAAAUAACGAUUAGAACUAGUAGAGACUCAAAACAUUAAAGUUGCAUUCUA